CCUCCUGGACAGCAAGCCGUUCCUGCUUCGCCGUGGUGAGCUGCCAUUGUCACUGCCUGUAUUUUCGGCCGAUAUCGAUAAGGAAUGAAAAGGCUUGGCACGACGCGUCUUCCCGACGCGAUGAACGAGACACGCCUGCACACACCAUGUCAAGGACGCGACACAUCUAUACACUCAAUGUGAAGGACGGCUGCGUCGAGCCCAGCAGCGAUGCCCAAACACAGUCGCUUGCUCAAAGAGUUGCGACACGAGCCCGUCAAUGGCCGCAGCAUUUUCGCCAAUCCCGAUAUUCUCUCAUCGUCUCAAGCCGCAUCGCAAUCACAAUCACCCCACAGCACUGGAGCUGCACACCAGAGACGUGCGAUACGACCGGUACCAGCUGGUAUAUUGGAUCAAUGCACCAUCUGUAUGGAGGAACAGCUCUUCUCACAAGCUUUUGCUCUGCUUGAAAGUGGACUGAGCGCCGGCUUCGACACGAAUGCACCAGCCUGUAUCCCACCGCCGCAGCAUCUUGCUCUCGCCUCCACACUCGUUGUUCAUCCAUCGAUGACGACACGUACGGAUGACCCUGAUAAGCGAAUUGCAGCAGAUCACGCUGCGAAAUACCUUCGAGAAGUCGUGGCCAUGGUGGGCGUCGAAGGAACUGGACUUCCGGAAGCUUUGCAGUUCGGACAGUCGAACAACGCGCGAACUGGGCGGACGAAACGCGCAAAGACGAGACGCAGUGACGCGGUGUAUGAGAGCGACGAAAAUGAGGAUACAAGCAGAUUGCGGAGCCAUUAUUCAGAGAGGCAAUCAUUGGGAGAGAAUGCGCAAGACUUCUGGGCGGUCGUCGGCUGGGCGUUCAAUUGCAGUGUCAAACACAAAGCACGGUGGCAGAGAUGGCGGAUCUGGCUCGAAUUAAUGCUUGACGUUUUGCAGCACGAUUUGGCUGCACGCGUUUCACAAGGAAUGGCUCACGCCAAAAACAACACCUUUUCCAAGACUCUGUUUGCACAGUACAUGUCGACCGUCGGUGCUGGUAGGAACAACAUGCGACGGCUCAUGCGUGCGGUGCUAGCAGAUGGUUCAGAAAAGAGCCUUAGGGAGUUCGGAGAGAUCUGGAAGAACGAAACCAAGCCACCAAAGAAGAAAGAAGAAUCGCGAUCGGCCAAGCGACGAAAGCUCGAUCUGGACAACGACGAUUAUGGCGACUAUCUCGAGAACUACUCGGAAGAAGAUGCGGCAGAAACGCGCUCGGCCAGAUCGCGCUCGGUCACUGCAUCAAGACGCCGACGAAGUCGAACCCCUGCGAACCCAGACACGAACACCCAAGACGACGAUCGUGACAGUGGUUUCGAAGAUACCACUGAGGCUGAUGCGAUUGAGCAAUUUGGCGGGAUGGAAACCAUACAAUUACGGCAGAGAUUUCUGGCUAUCUUCACAGCCUUUAGCAGGGCCGCGCCCACACUGUUCGUGGAUACCGAGGAGCUUUUCUCCAUUUUCACGGAAUUCAUCAGACCCCUGCCGCUCCAGAUAUUUCAGCAAUUCACUUUGCCUACAACAGCAUAUCUGAGUGCCGACCUACAAACGUCAUUGAACGAGAUGAUGUCCCGGCCGCUGCUUGGAACGCAUGCCACACAAGGUCUGAUCGAUCAGAGAGAGUUUGAGGCAUCCUUCGCUACAUGCACAGCGACCAACGCUUCGUUCGUAGACAACGCCAAAGUCAGUUUGCUGUCCGAGAGUAUGCUUCGUGCUCUGUGGACUUCUGGACAUCUAAUUGGUGAUUUGCCCCGGCUGAAAACCUUGGUCGAGCAAGGCAUCCAAAUGCGAUCUGACAAGACUGCCACUGAUGGUCGAAGAAAGGCUGGCAAGAAGUCAUACUUAGAUGAAGAGGCUAAGAUCGUCCUGGAUUGUUCAGGACAGCGAAUGGGCUUACUACUGCGAGUGAUUGUUGGUCGAUAGCACUUGAGUUGCACCGGAGGCCAGGCGAACCACGACAAUGCGCUGCGGACAAAGCAGUUGCUAGGGCCAUCAACCGCGCGAUGGAUUUUCAGAAUCAGACUACAGUGCUGCCGUUUGGCAGAGUAUUCAGCACUGCAUAGGAGAUGCCCCCACAUACUCAGUGGUGCAUCCCACCAUUUUCUUGGCCGAUGCUUCCGAACGUGGGAUCC